AUGAUCAGAACAUUCCGCGCCGAAGUGGCAGACAACGGCAGCACCGCUGGACAGACUGAUAUAAGGGCUCAUGCUAUAGCUGUCAAGAAGGAGAAGCAGGGCCAGCGCGGCGAACCCAAGACCUGUUCCCGCGAGCUCAGGACAACGAUGCGUGUCGACGGGCCCCAGACCCAGACGCUAGAGAACAAGACUCGAUCGAUAACGAAGAAGCUGGGAGCUUGUCAGAAAGAGAAGACCCAGAGCGAGGCCGAACUUCAUCAGUCUAGGACUGAGAUGCAAACAAAGAUGGAUAUUUUGCAGGCACAGACCACAAGGGUGAGACAUAAGACACAGGGUGUUGCCGCCUUUAUCUUUGAGGCAAACAGAGAACUCCAGACGCAACUUAAGUCUGAACCGAAACUCUAG